AAUUUUUGUGCAAAGUUCAAGGUGGUUGGGUGAAAAGGUAAAUAUUUGGGACGCAAUUGAAGGAUUUUGGGAUUUUUUCUGGCCACUAGACAUCCGCAAAUCCCUGGAAAAUGGUGGUUCCCAGUGGAAAUUCCAUGAAGAAGGAAGAGGUGCUGAAGUUAAUGGAGGAAAAGGCCAAAUUGGAGCGAAAAUUGGCGGAUUUGAAUCAAAUUCUCGAGGCUAAUAACGUUGGCAUGGAGGAUCCCCUGGUGGAUGCAGAUGGUUUCCCCAGGAGUGACAUCGAUGUCUAUCAGGUGCGCAUUGCCAGGCAGCAAAUCAUCUGCACCAGAAACGAUCUCAAGGGACUUAUGGGACAGAUUGAACAAGGUCUGGAGCACUACUUUGCUGAACAGAGGGCCAAUGGGGCUGCUGGAACAUCAUCCGGAACGUCUACGACCACCAAAUUGGCCAAUUACACGGAAAAUGGUGGGAUUUCUGUGGUUUCUGCCCGGGAGACUCCCUCUGCCCAGACACCCAUCUGCAAGGUGAAUCUCGUGGCCACUGGUGGACCAGCAGAACAGGCUGGUUUCCGGGUGGGAGACGAAGUGAUUGAAUUUGGCUCUCUCAACGCUUCAAACUUCCGGGAACUCACUCAAAUUGCGGACAUUGUGAAAAAUCAGCAGGAUUCUGUGAUAAAAGUCAAGAUUCGCCGUCAAAAUCGCCUCCUGCCCCUCGACCUCAUUCCCAGAGUUUGGUCAGGACGCGGUCUCCUCGGCUGCAAUGUCAUCCCAGCAGAUUCAAUUGAACGCUAAAUGUGUUCUUCAUUAAAAAUGUCCCUUUAUUUUCUACACAUCUCAUUUUUUCUUCAAAGUUUUUCAUCAUCAUUUUUCUUGUUCCAGUAAUUCUUCUCUUAUCCUUUCACUCGAUUUUCUUUUUUUUUUAAUAAUUAUUUUCAUAUAAUUUUAAUGUGAAAAUUGUCGAAAAGAAAAAUUUUAAUAAAAUUUCCUUUUCAGUGUUGCAA